GGUCCUCCUGACCAGGUCCCGUUGCCAAGGCCGGCGGCCCGUUGCUAGGGAAGGCCUGCGAAGCCUGCGAUGGCGUGGGGCGUCCUGCGCCGUCGUCGGUGGCUGGCGCUGGUGCUGUCGCUGUGGGCGCCGGGGCUGGUGGUGUCGGGGGCCGGGCUCUACGAGAGCGGCGUGGACCCGGUGUGGGUGCUGGAGGCCCCGACGGUGAAGGCGGCGCUGCGGGAGUCGGCCUCGGCGUGGCUGGUGCAGUUCUACUCGUCGUCCUGCGGGCACUGCGUGGCCUUCGCCCCGACCUGGAAGGCCUUGGCCGCAGACGUCCAGGAAUGGGAACCUGCCAUAAGAGUUGGAGUCUUGGAUUGCGGGGAUAUGGGGAACUAUGAAACGUGUAAAGAGUAUGGAAUUCAGUACUAUCCCACUUUCAGGUAUUUUAGAGCAUUUACGAAGCAGUUCACGACGGGAGAAAGCCAGCUCGGUUCUGAUCGGGAACUUCAAACGGUUCGUCAGAGCAUGAUAGAUUUUCUGCAGAAUCAUUCCCAAGAAGCCAAACCACCUGCCUGUCCCCCUUUGGAACCAAUUGUGCCAGAAGAAAUGUUUACUCUUUUUGAUAAAAGGAUUCAGCAUUAUACUGCCAUUAUUUUUGAAAGUGAGAACUCCUAUGUUGGACGAGAGGUGAUCUUGGACCUCAGUCAAUAUGAAAACAUUGUGGUGAAACGUGUGCUGGAUUCUGAUACUGUUUUUCUUGAGAAGCUUAGUGUUACCUCGGUCCCUUCAGCUUACCUUAUCUAUCCAAAUGGAACCCAUGGAUUAAUUAACAUUUUGAAGCCUCUUCGGUCUUUCUUUUCUUCCUAUUUAAAGUCACUCCCUGGCAUCAGAAGAAAAUUGUCUUCGCAGCUUCCAACACCUAUCAGGCAAAACAGAGAGGAAAAUAUGGAUGUCAAGGAAUGGAAAGACUAUGAUAAAUCUAAGCUGUAUAUGGCUGACCUUGCGUCAGGGCUGCAUUACUUGCUCCGGGUGGAACUUGCCACUCACAAAACUCUUGAGGGAACUGAGCUGAAAACCUUCAAGAAUCUUGUUACACUCUUUGCCAAGCUCUUUCCUGGCCCUCAGCCCAUGAUGAAGUUGCUGGAGACUUUGCAAGUGUGGCUGGUGAGCCUCCCAUUAGACAAAAUCCCUUACAAUGCAGUCCUUGAUCUUCUCAACAACAAAAUGCGGAUCUCUGGACUAUUUCUCACCAGUCGCAUCCAGUGGGUUGGUUGUCAGGGCAGCAGGCCUGAGCUGAGAGGAUACACAUGCUCUUUCUGGAAGCUGUUCCAUGUGCUGACAGUUGAAGCGGCACUACGGCCAAAGGCCUUACUCAGCACAGGUUUUGAAGACAACCCUCGCGCAGUCCUGGAGAUCAUGCAGAAAUACGUCCGGGAUUUUUUUGGAUGCAGGGCCUGCGCACAGCACUUUGAAGAGAUGGCCAGAGAGUCUCUGGACUCGGUGAAGACGUUGGAUGAGGCUGUACUGUGGCUGUGGGAGAAGCACAACGUGGUGAAUGCCAGGCUGGCAGGGGAUUUGAGUGAAGAUCCAAAAGCCCCAAAAGUCCAGUGGCCGACUGCAGACAUUUGUCCCACCUGCCAUGAAGAAACAAAAGGUCUGCCCACCUGGAACAAGGCCCAAGUGUUACAGUUCUUGAAGCGGCACUACGGGAGCAACAACAUGUUGUACACGUACAUAGAGAACCAAGCUGAUCUGGAUGCAAAAGAAUCCCACGAAGACAAAGAUGGAAACAAAGACCAAGCAAGCAAGAAGGAGAGUCAAAGGAAUAAGGACGGAAUCCCCCAUCCAGAGAAGGUGUUAGAUUCACAGCCUAAAGUCUUGGACAGAAGGAUAGCCAAGGAUGGCCCAGUCAAAGACACGGGGAAAAAGGGAAUUGAGCAAGCUGUGUUCUUCUUGGGGAUUGGCUUCUCUAGCAUCGACAUGAGCCUCUGCAUCGUCCUUUACAUAGCCUCGUCCCUCUUUCUCAUGAUCAUGUACUUUUUUUUCCGAAUGAGGUCGAAACGCUGGAAAGUGAGAUAUAACCGCCCCUAUGUAUAGAAUGUGAAGCCAAGUUUCUGUCUGUAAAUGGAUUGAUUGUGCUCAGAGGCAGUUUUAAUAUUUAUGAUCAGGGAUUUUUUUACGAGACAGUGUUCCUUGUUUUGGAAAGGUGCUGAUCCCCCCAAACCUCCUUUUCUUUGUCUCAUUGGUUCAUGUACUGAUGUUCUCCUUUGCCAUUGCUGAACGUCUCGAGUUGAGGACAUGUGCCUAACAGCCAAAACACACAUGUGUGUCUCUGUGUGUGAGCGUGAGUGUGUAAGCACAUGCAUGCACACCCACAUUUAGUUGAGAAACAUUAAAACGUUUCUGGUUA